AGCGCAAUGUUAUUGUCCAAACUGAACGUCGUUCGCAAUUUCACAAAAUGAGAGCUAACGUUACCCUUAGCUUUACAAUGAAGCUCUUGGUUAAUCAGUAAAGGUAGCAUUUCUCAUGGACAACAUCUAGCUUAACGUUAACCAAUGCUUUGGUUGACGUUUUAUCUGCGGUCUUGGCUGACGUUCACGACCAUUUUGACGUUUAAAAUAUAACCAGUGCUUGUGUUUUACAGUAUUUUGAGCUUAUUUUGGCAGUGGUCUCGACAGACGUCGGUAGCUGUGAAAAGCUUGGCUAAUAGAGGUAGAUAGCUACUGAGCUAACUGCCUUCCGCCCUUUGUGACAAAUCUUGACCCAGAGCAUGGUUGACCCAUUUAUUUUAAGCCAUAUGCCUUGCUAACACUUGAAUAACAAAGCCAAGCAGUUCAUAACCCGAUAUUUCCUGUCUGUUACACGGACUUGGGUGCCCGUUUGCAUUGUGAAAUUGUCUAUUGUUAACUAGCCGGUUUUACUCGGUAAAGUCGCCAGCCUUCCAUGCAGAAAUGUAGCCAACACUGGGGUUAGGUGGGCCUAUAAUUUAGCCUUGUCUGGUUUCCUAAAAACAGAAAGCGCCCAGCCAUUUAGCCAUGUGGGCUGAAGUGAAAUGAGGAAAUGCACUUGGGGAGGAAGUUGACUAGAGCAGCUGUGACACUAAAGGCCGCAGCACAUUCCCAUGCCUCUCAGUUUUCAAUUUAUGACCUUACAAUGGUUUGAGUCUCCCCUCUGGUAAUAAUUUCUAGUGUGUAGCAAAUACAAAUGAAUGGCUUUGGAAACUCCUACUAACAUGGGCGGAUGAGUCAAUCAGUAACUGGUGUAACAGGGUUUCUGUGUUGACUUGAGCCGUACCUAUAUGGCGUGUGUGAGCGGAGAAUUUUGCCAGGCACAGCACCUCACCUCUGUGGAGAAGUGAAUCGGCCGCCCCCCGAGGGACUACGCUACCCAGAAACCCCCCUGACUGCCAGCACACUAGGAACUGCUGACUCUUCCAAAGGCCCUCCCCCCUCUCCCCCCCCGGGAUAUUGCGUAGUCCUUGGCCCGACUGCCCUGCCGUGUCCCAACCAAUACGAAAGAUCUUUGCUUUCCACUUUCUCCUCGAACAGCCAAUCACAAACAGCUCUCCUGAAUGGGCCGUCUCGCCAACAUGAACCGCCCCGCUGCAGUCGAGAUCACCUACGAGUGCAUGAGGUUCCUCAUCACCCACAACCCCACCAACGCCACGCUCAACAAAUUCACUGAGGAGCUGAAAAAGUUUGAGGUGAACACGCUGGUGAGAGUUUGUGAUGCCACCUACGAUAAGGCUCCAGUAGAGAAGGAGGGGAUACAGGUCUUGGACUGGCCUUUCGAUGAUGGCGCCCCUCCUCCCACCCAGAUUGUGGACGACUGGCUCAAGCUGCUCAACAACAAGUUUCGAGAGGAACCCGGCUGCUGCAUUGCUGUGCACUGUGUGGCAGGGCUUGGCCGAGCUCCAGUCUUGGUGGCCUUAGCCCUUAUUGAGUGCGGGAUGAAGUAUGAGGAUGCUGUGCAGUUCAUAAGGCAGAAGAGACGUGGAGCCUUCAACUCCAAACAGCUUCUUUACCUCGAGAAAUACAGACCCAAAAUGCGUCUGCGGUUCAAGGAUACCAACGGCCACAACUGCUGCGUGCAGUAGGCUACCUGUCAGUGCAUCUUUCUAUGCGCAUCCAGUGGGGAAUCUUCCAACAAGGGGAGAUAAAAAAAAAAAAAAAAAUGAAGAGAGUGCUAUCAGUAAUUAUUGUGAUGAUUUGUUAACACUGAGUCAUGGUUAAUUGAUCAGAGAGCAAGCAAGUGAUCGAAUGAAUGAAUCCAGAUCUGGGGAUCCACCAGCCGAACCAAUGAAUGGAAGGUCAAAGCACACAGAUAGGCCCGCUUCCCGGUUAUACUGUCAACCACGGGCCAGAAUUUUUCAACUUGAGUCCAUCCUGUUUCUUUUCUCUUUUUUUGUUUCAGUUGUAAUCAUGGGAUAACAUUUUUCCAUUUUGUGAAUUUUUUUUUUUUUUACACAAACAGUGGUCAUGAAAAGAUGUAAUGUAAAAUGAUAUUCUGAUUUUUAUUUCCACAAAUUAUUGAUAUUAAGAUUGGGCCAGAAUAAUGUAUCUUUUAAAAAUAUUUUAAACUUUGAACACACAUUGUGACUGUCCAUUUUGGUAUUGGGGUGUUGCGCUUUUUUUUUUUUUUUUUUUUUUUUUUUUUUUUUUUUUUUUUGCACAAAAACUAAAAGGUUCACCUGAACAUGCAGUAAUGUUUUCCUUUUACCCUUCACUUGCUUAAAGUCACUUUCAGUUUAGGGGUUCACUGAGUUUGAAUAUGUCUGCAAUAUUUAUUCACAAGAUGAUAUGUGUGGCAGUUAUGAGUUUGGCAGGGGCAAGGACACUUUGUUAUCCAAUAGUUUUGUUGUUUUUUUUUUUUUUUUAACCUCCGAGAGCCAUGUUUUUUUUUUUUUUUUUUUUUAAAUCUUGUUGGAGUGCAAUAAUCAGUCCACCUCAGAAAAGCCCACCAAACCCUGCUGACAUCCUAUACACAGACAGACACACAAAUGCACACACGCACACACACACACACACACACACACAGACACACACACGCACACACUUAAGAUACACAUCCGGGCAGUUAAACAGGAAAAACUUGGCAACCUCUAUGAUAGGUACUUCUGCUUUCAUUCAUUCUCCUUAACGGGGCAACAAUAGGACUUCCCUAAUUAUGCAUAUUUAAACUCAUAUACAGUGGAUAUAAGAAGUCUACACACUCGUAUGAAAUUGCAGGUUUUUGAAAUGUAAAGACAGAAAUAACAACAAUGUAAAUGUUAGACUUGUUCCAUCUUUAAUGUGAUUUUCCAACAAACGAAAAUCCUUAGAAAAAACAAAUAGUUAAUUAUUAGGAACAUUUUAAAUCAAUUUAAAAAAACUACAACACCCUGAUUGCAUGAGUCUGCACACCUUCUCAUAAUGGGGGCUCCAGCUGUGUUCAGAGUUAGCCAAUCACAUUCAAAAUCAUGCCUGUAGGUAAAUUGCAUACACCUGCCAUCAAUGAAAGUGAUUCUGAUUAAGACCAGAUUCAAGUCAACUGUUGCUGUAAGAUUUGCUUGUGUGUUUGGGGUUGCAUCCUACGGGGAGAGCCAUGGUCCGCAAAGAGUUACCAAAGAAACUGCAAGAUCUAAUUGUAGAAGAGUACAAAUUAGGAGAGGAAUAUGAAAGAAUAUCGAAGGCAUUGGAUGUACCUGUCAAAACCAUUAUCAAUACGGGAGAAAAAGUCGCACCACAGAGACAUAGCAAAGAUCAUGACGACCCUCCAAAGUUGAUGAGAGGACGAGGAGAAAAAUUAUCAAGGAGGCUACCAACAGGCCAAAGGCAACAUUGAAGGAACUACAGGAAUUUCUGGCAGGUGCUGAUCGCUCCUUUCAUAUAACCACCAUCUCCCGUAUUCUGCACAAGUCUGAGAUAUGGGGUAGGGUGGCAAAACGGAAAUAUUUUCUUACAAAAAGGAAUAUCUAAGCCCAUCUGAAUUAUGCUGAAAGAUGCAUUCAGUCACCCCAAACCAUGUGGGAAAAUGUGUUAUGGUCUGAUGAGAACUUUUCGGCCUUAAUUCUAAAAGAUUUGUUUGGCGCAAAGCCAGUACUGCUCAUCAUCCAAGGAACACCAUACCAACUGAAUGCUUUGGGGCUGCUUCUCUCAGCUGGUUUAGGAGCUUUGGUCAAGAUAGACAGGAUAAUGAAUAGCUCCAAAUAUCAAGAUAUUUUGGCACAAAACCUGCUGGCCUCUGUCAGAAAGCUGAAGAUGAAGAGGAAUUUCACAUUCCAACAUGACAAUGACCCAAAGCACAUAUCCAAGUUGACCAAGGCAUGGCUUCAGAAAAGGAAAAUCAAAGUCCUGGAAUGACCCAGUCAGAGCCCAGACCUCAGUCCCAUUGUAAACAUGUGGAAUGACCUAAAGAGAGCUGUACACAGGAGAUCCCCUCUCAAUUGAAGAAACUUGUACUUUUUUGCAAAGAAGAGUGGGAUAAAAUUCUUAAGUCUAGAUGUGUUAAGUUAAUAGAAACUUACUCCGAAAGACUUGACACUGUAAUAAAUGCAAAAGGUGCUUCCACAAGUAUAAAUUGGGCAGGCUGUGCAGAUUUAUGUAAUCAGAGUGUUUGGUUUUUUCCUCUGGAUUCUUGUUUGUUGGAAGAUCACAUUAAAGAUGGAACAAGUCUGACAUUUA